UUCCAUCUGGACGGCCCACAGUGGGAGGAGGGAGUCCCCAGCAGCGGGUUUGUGUGGGACUCGGCUACAGCAGCUCUAGUGGCGGAUUUUGAACCGCUUUGGCGCACUGUGACAUAACAGACUCGUUUAUUUAUAUUUUUUUUCUUCAAAAUUGUGGAAAGCCACUGACAAACUGCAGUCCGUUCCGGGUCAAAUUUAAUUUAUUAACUUCCCUGACAGGAAACACACUUGGAGCGAUGCGUAAAAGCCACCCUCUCUUGACGCGGAGGGCUUGAUGCACAGCCCGGGCGACUUUGAAGAAUGUUCCGUCGCCACGACAAACAUUAGCAGAGAUGGUCUAAACUUUUCUCCGAUUUACGCACAGCACCCAGUCUGCAAACAUUUGUCGCUUUGGGAUCAUGCAACGUAUACAAAGUCGGGAGUGAUCCCAGCUCGGACUGCCUGUAUUGUUUUCGUGUGUGAGCCGGUGGAGGGGGAGAUGAGCGCUCAGCAUGGGACUGUGUCUCGGUUCCGAAGUAACGGAGGAGGAGAAGAAGGCGCGGAUACACAGCGCCAAGAUAGACAGGGAGCUGUACGAGUACGCCAAACGGGAGCUGAAUGUGGUCAAAAUCCUCCUUCUAGGUGCUGCAGAGAGCGGUAAGAGCACCCUGGUCAAACAGAUGAAGAUCAUCCACAGCCAUGGCUUCACCAAGCAAGAACUGACCAGCUUCAAGCCUGCGGUGCUCGAUAACCUGCUGACCUCCAUGAAGUUUGUCCUCCACGGCAUGGGCAUCCUCCGCAUCAACCUGGCCACCAGCAGGAACAAGGUGCACGCCCAUUCUGUCCUGUCGUGUGGGCGCUGCUUUGAUGAAGACCAGGUGCUGUUUCCCUUCCUGAGCCACGCCCUUUCCUGUCUGUGGGCCGACCAGGGCGUGAGGGCCGCAGCAGCCAGGGGCUACGAGUACGAGCUCAAUGACUCUGCGCUCUAUUUCUUUGAGAACAUGGGCCGCAUCACCUCUCCAGACUACGUGCCUACAGAGACGGAUGUGCUGCGAGUACGACUGAGGACCACAGGGGUUAUAGAGACCCAGUUUAAAGUCAGCCACCUCAUCUUCAGGAUGUAUGAUGUUGGAGGUCAGCGAACAGAGCGGAGGAAGUGGAUCGCUUGUUUCGAGGACGUCAGGGCGGUGCUGUUUGUGGUGUCCCUCAGCGGCUAUGACAUGACCCUUGUAGAAGACCCCUCCAUGAAUCGUUUGCAGGAGAGCCUGAAGCUUUUCUCCUCUAUCUGCAACAAUGUCUUCUUCCGCAGCACCUCUAUGAUUUUAUUCAUGAACAAGAUUGAUCUCUUUCAAGAGAAGAUUUUGCACUCUGGGCGACAUCUGCGAUUAUACCUUCCUCAAUUUAAAGGUGCAGACUGCGAUGUGGAUUCGGCAGCCCGGUUCAUCGCUGCCACCUUCAUCUCGCUCAACACCACGCCCAACAAACUCAUCUACCACCACUUCACCACGGCCACAGAUACCUCCAACAUCCAGAUUGUCUUCCAGGUUGUUAUGGACACGAUUAUCAAAGAGAACCUGGAGGCCGUAUCUCUUCUUUAACUUGUGGCUGCAACCAGCACAGGCCAUACCUGUGCAACACUCUGUGCCCUCUGAUUAGCAACAAAAUGCUUCAAAUGCUGUGGACCUCCUUGCUUUGACUUUUUCAAUGUGAAAUAAUCCCAUUUAGGCGUAUCGUCCCUCUUGUCUUUUGCGCAUGUAAGGUGCAGCCUAGAAGGAUUGUAGCAUCACUAGUCACCUUGCUCCUUCGACUUUUAAUAUUCUAGGCGGAGUUGCAGUUUAUCCUCUGCAGUGUUUUGUAUCUUUGAAUCAUUACACUGCUUUUUUUCGCACAUGACAUUUCAUUCACAUGACAAAACUUUGAGAAAGAAGGAGGAGCGGUUUGGCCAAUCCUUUGGCCUGGAUUGGAGGCCUAAACAUGUUGACAUUUGAAACCUUGACUUUUCUGUGGAAAAUAAUGGACUACUGUGGGCAUUUCUAUUUUUGUACUGUACUAUGCAAACCACAUCAGAGUAUGAACUCUGGCAUUACUUUUUUUGAGCCUGACCUUUGAUAUUUUUUCCAUUUUUCAUUAUGUGUACAUACGUGCCAUUUCUUUGCCUUUCCCUACUCUUCCUGUGAAUGUGUGUGUGUGUGUGUGUGUGUGUGUGGGCGCAGACGCAGCGGAGAGAGUGUGGGGAUUUACUGUUUGUCCAUUACUUCCGCGCUGCAGGGUUCACUCAUGCAUACCAUCAUUUGUUUUCCCCUCAUCCAUCACUAACCCGUGGGUCUGUUGUGCAUGUCCUGUGCGUCACACCCUCGUAAUGGGGCAGUGAUCACUGUGAAACCUCCCUUGUGUGUGUGUGUGUGUGUGUGUGUGUGUGUGUGUGUGUGUGUGUGUGUGUGUGUGUGUGUGUGUGUGUGUGUGCACUUGUCCUGAUCUGAAAUCGCCCAGCCUCUCAAUUUAUCGGAGUCUGUGCUUUUCAGCUGUAUUCUCUCCCUCUUUUACCAUGAGUGACGACACCAAGAAUACAAAAAUGGUCAAAUCCCAGCUGUAUUUUUUUUUAAAGUAAUCACAUGCUUGAAACUUUGUACCCUUUGUGCAACAUUCUCCCUUUUUAUUUCCCUCCCUUCGUUCCUGUUUCCCACACACAUCCUUCAUAAGCCUGGAUUUUCCAUCUAAGGAUGGUGCCACAUCUGUGAAGUGCACGGCAUUAACUCAGCUGGUUCCUGUCAUGAAGACUCGCUGUCAAACCUCUCAGAAGCUCCUCUCCUCCAACUCCAGCCAGACACAGAACUGAUCAUAUCUAAUAUGAAUGUUGAAGGUUGAAAAAAGACAAAGACAUUCCCAAGUGCCUUGCAGUGAACUUUUUGCUGCAGUAUGUAACAUGUAUGUAAUUUCAUGUAUUUUUUUUUUCUUUUGUGCUUUCAGUAGGAUGGUUCACAUUUCACCCCACCACCUUUUGAAGUAUCAGCACCAGCACGCCGGUGGUGAAGUGAUAGACUAUGCCCAUAAAUUUUUACUUCAUGGUUUCUGUUAAAAUAUGCAAUGAAAAUAAAUAAAU